CAGUUGCACAAACGAGGGUUCAAUAUGGCGGCGGUCAGGUAGCUAUUUUUUUCUCAAGGAAUUUCGGUAUGUUUUCUCGCUGGAGAAACUGUGUGCUAACGAUUAUCGUAAGCACUUUUUGUACAUGGAUGAUUUCAAAAGGGAAUGGAGAGAAAAUCGUCUGUGAUGACCUUCAGUUAGGCCAAUAUCUUUGUCCUGAGCCAGACAUUGAUUCAGCUACUCAGGCAGCUGUUGGUUGCACAAAGAACCACACAGUUCAAGUUAAAUGUGAUGCUGCAGCUGUUGAUAAGCAUGGAAGGAAUAUCACUGAAUGUUAUCAAAAUGUAUCUUGCCGCUACACAAAUGGUCACUCAUAUAAAACAGCUCUCUCACUAUCAGUAUUCCUCGGAAUGUUUGGAAUUGACAGAUUUUAUUUGGGAUACCCUGCCAUAGGACUACUAAAGUUUUGUACUCUGGGAUUCUUCUUCAUUUUUCAAUUAGUAGAUGUUAUAUUGAUUGCAACACAGGUUGUUGGUCCCGCAGAUGGCUCUGCGUAUAUCAUUGAUUACUACGGCCCCCGGUUAACGCAUAUCUCUAGGAACAUGGACACAUUUUAUAAACCUAGAGAAUAACAAAUAAUUCGCCCAUUCUGAGAUUAUAAAAUAAUGUACAUAGAUGUAAAGUAGUGUGCCAUUUAUAGAAGAGAAGUAGGAAGAUGAAAUGCUUUUUUGAAGGAAAAAAACGCAGGUGGCGUAAUUGGUUACAUAUCGUAGGUUUAAGCAUCUGAAUCACUUUAUAAACUAGAUAUUCAAUUAUGUAUGUAGCUUUUUGGUUACUACUGUUUUUCAUGGUUUAUUUGGAAGACAUUUGCAGCACCCAAGGUGAAAAUUUAUGAUUACAUAUUAUUGACAAUCGUACAUGGUUAA